GGGAGCUCUCGUGAGCCCUGGAUUCCACGAAUGUAACAAACCACCCUUCCGCUCCCGCAACCCGCCGUCGCCAUUAUCCGUUGCAAUGGCCUACAUAGCCCCCGUCCACCGGCCGAGCAGCGUGCGGCAUGCCCUCCGCACCUUAAUCCUCUCGGAUGAAGUAGAGAGCUUGGUGCUUGCAAAAGCCAAUCGACUAGAGAUAUGGCGACUUUCCGAAGGCAUGCUCACGCUGGCAUCCUCAAAGGUGGUCAACGGCACCAUCUCUAUCCUCCAGAAGCUCCGCCCGAAAGACUCGAAGACAGACCUCCUCUUCGUCGGAACCGACCGGUUCGAAUACUUCACCCUCGCGUGGAACCCGGAAACCUCACAGCUCGACACGAUAGAUCCGUUCACAGACCCGGGCGAGCGCCACAUGCGAGACUCGCAGAGCCAGGACCGAUGUCUGGUCGACCCGUCGGGGAGAUACCUGGCCAUGCACUUGUGGGAAGGGGUGUUAACCAUGCUGCGGUUGGGGGAGAGAAAGAACAAGAUGGUGCUGUCGUGGAUGGACCAGGUCCGGCUAUCCGAGCUCUUCAUCAAGGCGAGCACCUUCCUCUACACGGAAACGGGGCACCCAAAGAUUGCCUUCCUCUACCAGAGCCGGGCCGACUCGACCGACGCGAAGCUGGCGACCUACCGGAUGACGGUAGACGACCGGAACACAGAGGCCUCGAAGUUCGACCCCGAACGGGACAGGGAGAUCGACACCGAGGUCCCCGAUUCUAGCGCAUCCAUCUUGAUACCCGUGCGGAAGGUGGAGGAGGAGGUCAAGCGGCACAACGUACGGAACGUCGAGUCGGCCAAGGCACACAUUGGGGGGCUAAUAGUGGUGGGAGAGACGAGGCUGCUCUACAUUGACGAGGUCACAAAGGUCACGGUGCAAUCAGCUCUCAAGGAAGCCUCCAUCUUCGUUGCCUGGGCCGAGUACAACGAGACCAACUAUUUUUUGGCCGACGAUUAUGGGAGCCUGCACCUGCUCACCCUGGUUAGGGAGAGCCCGGAUAGUGUUGUGGUGACGGGCCUGGAGGUCAACUGCAUCGGGAAGACGUCGCGCGCAAGCCAUCUCGUGUUUCUCGGAGGCGACAUGUUGUUCGUUGCUUCGCACUACGGCGACAGUCAGUUGUUCAAGCUUGAUUUCCAGAAUGAGGACGCCCCCCCGAUACAGCUCAUCCAGACGCUCGCCAACAUUGGCCCCAUCUUGGAUUUUGCAAUCAUGGAUAUGGGCCGUGGCGAUGAAGGUCAGCUAGGGAACGAGUACUCGUCUGGCCAGGCUCGGAUCGUCACCUGUAGCGGCGUACACAAAGACGGGUCACUUCGGAGCGUACGGAGCGGCGUUGGCCUGGAGGAUGUGGGCAUUCUGGCCGACCUAGAACACUGCCGGGGAUUGUUUUCUCUCAAGACUUACGAGGCCCCAAAGACUAAUAUCUUGGCAGCAUCGUUCUUAACAGAGACGAGGGUGUUCAAGUUCGAUGCUCAGGGCGAAGUGGAGGAGCUACAAUCGUUCGCCGGGAUGACAUUCAACCAGCAAACGCUAUUAGCGAGGUAUCUCUCAACGGGCCAAAUCCUUCAGGUCACCCCGACCGCCGUCACACUCCUCGACGCCGAAAGCGGUCUCACGAUAGAUACGUGGACGCCCGGAGCUCAGAGGAGUAUCAUAAGCGCAUCAGCAAACAACAAGUGUCUGCUGCUGUCUGUAGACGGCACCGAGCUUGUGUUCUUUAGCAUCGACAUUAACCUACGGGUCGUGCGCACAAAGGAGAUCGGCAACCAAGACCAGAUUGCUUGUAUUCAUGUACCACCGGUACGGAACGACCUCGCCGUGGUCGGUUUCUGGUCGUCCGGAACCGUCUCCAUCAUCGAUCUGCCAUCGCUUGAACCUAUGCACGGAGAGUCGCUGCGCACCUCGCCAGACGACGCCUCGAUCCCCCGUGAUCUCGCCCUCGUGCAAAUGCUACCACAAGGCGUAUCCGGGCAAACCUUGUUCAUUGCCAUGCAAGAUGGUAACGUCAUCACCUUCAACCUCUCGGAAAACUUCAGGCUCUCCGGGAGAAAACGCGUCAUUCUCGGCAUGCGCCAGGCGCGAUUCCACCUCCUCCCGCAGCCCGAUACACCCCACCUCUACAGCAUCUUCGCGACCACAGAACACCCCAGUCUCAUCUACGGUUCCGAAGGGCGGAUCGUCUACUCGGCGGUGACAGCCGAGGAAGCGACCUACAUCUGCCCCUUCGACACGGAAGCCUUCCCGGACUGCAUCGUCCUCGCCACCGACAACCAGCUCAAAAUCUCCCACAUCGACCGGGAGCGCCGCACCCACGUCAAACCGCUGCCCAUGAACGAGAUGGUGCGCCGCAUCGCCUACUCCCCCAAGGAGAAAGUCUUCGGGCUUGGCUGCAUCCGGCGCGAGCUCGUCAGCGGCGAGGAGAUCGUCCAAUCAUCCUUCAAGCUCGUCGACGAGGUCAUCUUCGACCGCGUCGGCCGGGCGUUCCCGCUCGGCGGCGGCGGCGGCGGCGGCGGCGGCGGCGGCGGCGGCGUGCCGUCCCGCACCGAGCUCGUCGAGUGCGUCGUGCGCGCCGAGCUGCGCGACUCGUACGGCAGCCCCGCCGAGCGCUUCCUCGUCGGCACCAGCUUCCUGCCGGACCCGGACUACGGGCCGGGCCCGGGCGCCGCCGCCGACGUGCGCGGCCGCUUGUUGGUCUUGGGCGUCGACGCCGACCGCAACCCCUACCUCGUCCUCGCCCACGACCUCAAGGGUGCGUGCCGUUGUUUGGCUGUGCUGGGCGAGGAUGCCGGCCCGGAUGCUGCGGGCUUGGUUGUGGCAGGCUUGACCAAGACGGUUGUUGUUUGCCGGUAUGACGAGACUAGUUCUACGACUGCUGAGCUCACUCGGCUGGCGUCGUACCGCCCCUCCAGCUACCCGGCCGAGAUAUCCGUGCGCGGCAACACCAUCGCCGUGGCGGAUCUGAUGAAGUCGGUCGCGCUGGUGGAGUAUGUCCCCGGUGGUGGUGGCGGCGGCAGUGGCGAUGAUGGGCCGCGGCUGGUCGAGCGCGCCCGCCACUUUGGCAGCGUGUGGGCUACCGCGGUCGGGUUUGUGGAGGAGGGGAGCUGGCUGGAGGCGGACGCGCAGGGGAAUUUAAUGGUGUUGAGGCGGAAUGUGGAGGGCGUCACGGCCGAGGACAAGAGGCGCAUGGAGGUCACGAGCGAGAUCAACUUGGGCGAGAUGGUGAAUCGGAUACGGGCGGUCGAGGUCGAGACCACGCCGGGCGCCAUGAUUGUGCCGAAGGCGUUCUUGGGCACGGUCGAGGGCGGCAUCUACAUGUUUGGCACGGUUGCGCCACACGUUCAGGACCUACUGCUGCGGUUCCAGGCGAAGCUGGCCGAUGUCCUCGAGACGGCUGGGAAUAUCGAAUUCAGGACAUACAGGGCCUUCAGGAAUGCGGAGCGGGAGGGCGACGGGCCUUUCCGGUUCGUGGACGGGGAGCUGCUGGAGAAGUUCUUGGACGUGGAUGAGGCGACUCAGGAAACUGUCUGCAAGGGACUGGGUCCAACGGUCGAGGACAUGCGGAACUUGGUCGAGGAACUCCGGCGCAUGCAUUGAUUUGAGAGAUCUUGCGUGUCGGAUUCGCCUUAUCUGACUCACCUGGUUAGACUCUGUUGGCCUGGGAGUCAAAAUAAACUUUUUCUGGGGCGAUUGGCCUCUCCGGA